AUGUUGCUUUCUUAUAACCAGUCCUUCCGAUUUAGUCAGUUUACAACCUCUCAUACGAGCACUGAUUUCUCGAGCUUAGUUGCCGAAAUUGAAGCGUUGCGCCGCGAGAACUCUGUCCUCCAAGGUCGUCUAGCUGAUUUGACUUGCUUCACACUGGCAGAAGAGGCUUCGACAACUAUUGCAACGACGUCCAGUUUGAUGACGACUUCAACGACCAUGGCAACAGCAGUGACUGCUGCAAUUAAAAUUGCUUCUAUCGCUGAAUCCAAUUAUGACAACUUCUUGCCUAAGUCUGCAGGUGUACUACGGUCGGGCAAUGAGACCUGCCGAAGAACAUCGGAUUCCUACUCAGCUCGGCAUAUUCCUCAACAGAAUGGACAGGUAUUCAAUAAUUUGAGGCCUGCUUUAUCCCCGUAG